CCACCGACACACAAUGAGACUUGCAGUUGCCGCUUCUCUUCUUUUCACCAUGGUGACUGGCCGUCCGCAUGGUAGCCCCAGCUUCAACACAUCAAAGUUAGCCUACUAUCCAGCACCAGAGAACAACGGCCUCGGUGUCGCCGUGCUCGUCCUCCCCGGCGGUGGCUACUCGUACGUCUCACUCGACCGAGAGGGCACCAACUCGACCACUUACCUCAACGCAAAGGGCUACGAUGCCUGGGUGCUAGACUACUCUACGGCCGAAACAGCGGCAACACCACUUUACCCAGUACCACUAGAAGAAGCCCUCGGCGCUGUCCGCUACAUACGCAGCCAGAAGCGAGUCAAGGUUGACAAACUCGGUAUCUGGGGUUACUCGGCUGGAGGCCACCUCGCAGCGGUCACUGUGACAAACCCAGAAGCUGAUCUUGAUUUCGGCAUUUUAACGUACCCUGUUAUCUCAAUGGAUGCAGCAAUUACUCACAAUGGUUCGCGGACAAAUCUGCUAGGCGACAACCCGCCAGAGAAGUUGGUGAAGAAGAUGUCUGCAGAGACUAGGGUUACGGACAAGACACCGCCUAUUUUCAUCUACCACUCGGCGAAUGACGCAACAGUGCCUGUGGAGAAUGCGCUGAGGUUUAUCAAUGCUCUUACGGAGAAGGAUCGGCCCUACCAGGCGCUGAUUCUCCCUGAUGCAGCACAUGGGAUUGCCUUGGCACUUGAUGAUCCGCAGCGUAAUUGGACGCCGGAGCUGGAUCGGUUCUUGACGUAUUCGAUUUGA